UUUUUCAAGAGGGCAAGGAAGGCCGGGGAUGCCGUUGCCAUAGCGACCGUCUCUGGUUUGCCUUCUCCUCCAGAGAAAAGCGAGGCCCCUUACUUCCUCGCCGGCUCUCCCGGCCGUAAUGUCGGUGAUUGUGGCCCAGGCCCUCCACAUCUUCGGCUUCCAGUCCCGCGUGGCCAACAACAUCUGCUUCUUCGACGAGCAGAUCGUCGUCUACCCGGCGGGGAACAGCUGCGUCAAAUACCACAUAGAGCAGAAAUGGCAGAAGUUCAUCCCAGGCUCAGAGAAAAGCCAAGGGAUGCUUGCGCUGGCCAUUAGCCCAAAUCGACGGUAUCUGGCCAUUUCGGAGACACUGCAGGACAAACCUACUAUCACAAUUUAUGAACUCUCCUCUGUCCCAUGCAAGAAACGAAAGGUCCUGAAUACCUUUGAUUUCCCAGUCCUAGAAUUCAUCAGUCUGGGAUUUUCCCCUGAUUCCAAAUAUCUGGUGGCACAGACAGGACCUCCUGAUUCAAACCUUGCCUACUGGAUGUGGGAAAAGCAAAGAAUAAUGGCAAUUAUUAGGGUUGAUACGCAGAACAACCCCCUCUAUCAGGUGAGCUUCAAUCCCCAAGAUAACACUCAAGUCUGUGUUACAGGAAAUGGGAUUUUUAAACUCUUCAGAUACACAGAGGGAACCUUAAAACAGACCAAUUUUCUACGGGGAGAGGCUCAGAAUUACCUAUCCCAUGCCUGGCUCUCUGAAGAGAAGGUGAUUGUGGGCACAGACACAGGCAAACUCUUAUUAUUUGAUUCCGGCGAUCUACGCUGGGAGACCAGUAUUGAGCACAAUGAGCCAGCCUCUGAAGUAGCAAAAGAUGAACCAGGACAAGAAUCAACAGAUAGCCUCAUUGAGUUCCCUGCUGCCUCUUCUCCUGAAUACUCAAGUGAAAUGGUUUGUGAAGGAGAAGCACAACAGCAAACAUCUCUUCCCCGUGUCUCUGCUGUUGCUGCGUAUUCCAAGGGAUUUGCUUGUGCAGCUGGUCCAGGAAUUGUUCUACUUUUUGAGAAGUCAGAGGAGAAGGAAGGGUACAGAGAAAGCCGUGAAAUAAGG